AUGGAUUUGCCCAACAUCUAUAUCGCCGGCUCCGGAUUGGUCGUCAGGCAGGUGUAUCACUGCAGCAGGCCAACCGGUGAGGAUAAUGUUCCGUCAGGCAAGGCUAUGUCGACAGGCCUAGUCUUGCUUGAAGUGGUCUACUCCCUGCUUCGCAUCCCAUACUUUCUCAGCAGGGAAACCCUCCAAGAAUCUCUGGUCUCUGCUGAGAUGGAUACGUAUAGGAAACUCAUAACUGCGCUCGUGCCAGAGAAACCUAGAGGACUCCUAGCCUUUGCUGAAGACGGAUACGUAUGGGAGGGUUCAGGGCUCAUAGUAUGGAGAAACCCCCCAUCCAAGUUGGAGGAGGAGCUCAAGACGAGUAAGAAAAUGUACUGCGUUAGUAUUGGACCAAACGGCGGAUUUUUCUACUCCUGGAAAGACCAUAAAGGAAAGACCAAGAGACGCUUCCAAUCGCCCACAGGUUCCGAUUGUUCAUCGCUGGAGGAACUUCUCGAACAUAAUAAGGAGACAUUCAAUGACCAAGCUUUUCACGUCUCUCUUGGACCACAGGGCUCAUACUACAUUAACAACUUUCCGAUAGGACAAGGCUACGAAGGAGUGCAUCAAAAGCUCGGAAUCGAGAUAAAGCGCAGGUACCCCGAACGAGAGACCUAUGUUCAAGACCCUGUCCACGUUACACUUGGGGUAGGAAAAACCUAUGCACUCAUAGGCAAGGAAGGAGAUAUAUUCUGGGAUUUUGCUUCCCACUAUCCUGAUCUCGACGCAAAGUUGCUAAGAAGUAAGGUUGGAGUUGAGAAUAUUGUGCUUUCACCUUUCGAUGGCAGGUAUUGGUUUGUUCUAUUCAAGGACCGAACGGUUUCGAUGAACGUGCCUGAGGAUUGGGACAUUAUGAGCAGUGUUACAGGUGAUAAGCGGAAUUCAUUCAAAUUUGAUUGA